GCAAUGAAGAGUGGGAAGGCUAACAAACAUCUUUGACUGGAAUGGAAAAAACACACAGCUCUAUUAGCCUAUAACAGCAGAUUAUUACAUUGGCAGGACGGUAGCCGGGAAUCAACUCGGAACGACAAACCGGAAAUCAAGUUUUAUUCCUGGAGAGCUCAGUUUUUUAUUUUCGGAUGAGAAAUGUCCGCGGCGGCGUCCUGGCCUUUAUUUGUUAUCUGAGAGGAGUCGUAGCUGACUGCUAGCUGGCUAACUCCCCCCUACCCCCUUACUACGAGCUAGCUACUUAGCGACAGAGGUGUGAAAAUAUAAAGAAAUCCGGCUGUGGUCAAGAGAACGACACCUGACAAUGAAUGGCCUUUCUGUGAGUGAGCUGUGCUGCCUGUUCUGUUGCCCCCCCUGCCCCAGCCGUAUCGCUGCCAAGCUUGCCUUCCUGCCUCCUGAGCCUACCUAUGCCCUCCUGCCUGAUCUGGAGACCGGGCCGGUACCUGCCAGACCCACGGGGACGUCGGGCCUCCGGUCCCGGGGAGGUGGUGGUGGUGGUGGGAGUUCGGUAGGGGGAGGGAAUGCCACAGGAGAGGGGCGCUGGAAGCUCCACCUUACAGAGCGGGCAGACUUCCAGUAUUCCCAACGGGAACUGGAUGCCACGGAAGUGUUCCUGACUCGAUCUAGUAGGGGGAACAGAGUGGGCUGCAUGUAUAUCCGCUGUGCCCCCUCUGCCAGGUUCACUGUCUUGUUCUCCCAUGGUAACGCAGUGGAUCUAGGCCAGAUGAGCAGCUUCUAUAUUGGCCUGGGCACUCGCAUCAAUUGUAACAUAUUCUCCUAUGAUUACUCCGGCUACGGGGUCAGUACGGGGAAGCCCUCAGAAAAGAAUUUGUAUGCAGACAUAGACGCAGCGUGGCAGGCUCUACGCUCACGAUACGGCAUCAGCCCGGAAAAUAUUAUCCUGUAUGGACAGAGCAUUGGCACAGUGCCCACGGUGGACUUGGCAUCACGAUAUGAGUGUGCGGCUGUGAUUCUCCACUCCCCUCUCACCUCUGGCAUGAGGGUGGCCUUCCCUGACACUAAGAAGACUUACUGCUUUGACGCAUUUCCCAACAUUGAGAAAGUGUCUAAAAUCACGUCUCCAGUGUUGAUCAUCCAUGGGACGGAGGACGAGGUGAUAGAUUUUUCCCACGGGCUGGCCCUGUACGAGCGCUGCCCCAAAGCCGUGGAGCCGCUGUGGGUGGAGGGAGCCGGACACAACGACAUCGAACUGUACAGCCAAUACCUGGAACGCCUGCGUCGUUUCAUCGGGCAGGAAUUGGCCGCACAACACGCCUAAGCUCUCCUCCGUCUCCCUCUUGUCAUCCCACCAUCUCCCAGUCUGAGCAAAAGUGUGAUGGAUGCGUCAGUAACUUAUUGAAGGCUGCCAUUUUGUAUGGACAACGUUACUGUUGGGGCAGCUUGACAGAUGCUCCACUGCUCAGAUUUGUUUUCUUAAGUGUUUUCUUUUUUCUCCCACCGUUUGUCGUCUCCUUGUACAUGUGAGCGUGCAUGUGUGUACGUAUGUGUGCGCAUGGGAACUCUGGGGGAUGGAAGUGGAAUUACUCUGGGGCAAGAUUGAAAGGAUGAAUUCCUCUGCCGGUUUCAGUCCAAAGGAAAUAAGCCAGAGUCAGACGCUGUCCUGUACCUCCAACCUGAUGCUGUUUCUCAAUAUCUGAGCAUUCAUUUGUCAGUUGAGUGGUUCGCUUCUCCGACCUGCUCCCAUGAUGCCUCAGCCUGAGAGAUUUUCACUUCCCACUUCUCGUCAGGCAACCUAAAAUAGCUAAAUGUCAGAGCCUGGCAAAUGUCCUAACCUUGCUGACCCUGUAGGAUGAAAUAAAUCCUGAAAGAAUUUCAGGAUUGAGUUUCGAAGCGUCCUACACAGGUGCAAUGAUGCCCACCUCUGCAUCUUCAUUCAUUCUUCGAACCAUUUGGCUUCCUCUGGAUGGCUCUUGUGCCCAGGCGUGUGGGUCUGUUCUCUCAUAUACCCUGCAGGAUGCUGACCUCUAUGCACUGACGUUCCCUUCCAAUGAGUUUUUGCCUUUAUGUGAAAGCUGAGCUUGGGAUGAGAUGACACCUGAUGAUCUACACGGCUCCAGGCAGGGAAAGCUCGAAUGCUGGGAUGCUGGCUUUUGUUUCCAGCUUUAUCAGUCUAUUUUUUUUCUCUUUACUGUUUCUUUCCUUUCUUCUCAGCAUGUGAGGGUGUCCAUAGCACCCUGAGGUGAAAGAAACUGGGAGGGCUGCUCGCUCAUCAUCACAUUUCAAUGAAAACACCACACUUGGGAUGACAUGAUACAGUGUAUAUUCACGUCCAGAUCCAUACGUCAUGUUUCUGAACUGUUGGGCCAGUAGAAAGAUCAAUGUUUCAUUAUCAUGUUGGGACUUUCCUAAAGCCAGAUCUUCGGCGUAGCAUUUCCGCCUUCAUUCUCAAGUAGUUUAACAUUUUAAAUGGGUUUUGGGUUAAUGUUUUAAUUGUGUAAGAAUGAGUAAUGCACACAGGAAGCAGUCAGAGGUAAAAACACAAAUUACUUAUGAACCCUGUUGCAAUGACACACAACUCGCAACCAGUUUUUCUCGUUUUUAGCCUGACGUCGGGUAUGUUUCUCUUGUUGGCAUUCAAAUCGGAGCUCAAGCGAUAAUUGUGCAUAUUUACUCUUGUCUCCUUGUUGAUUAUGUUUAAGCAAAUCAUUUCAAAGCAGAGCUCAUCAUUUAAAGACUCUUCUUAAUGAUAAUAAAGGAUUACCCUUUUUCAUUCAAUGUCAAAUUGCUAGUUAGUGGCACAUGGUUUAAUCCAUCUAAGUAAUGUUCUGAGCUGUGGUGGAUUUAAAGAUUAUAACUAGCAAUAAAGACAUAACAAUGAGGUCAUCUAAAACCUAUUUUUGCUGUCUCUAGUCAAGCUUCUUGUCUUCAAAGGGAGUUUGUCUGAUAUGAUCUGGAUGCAACUAUGACUCUUAAAGUUAUCAGUUUGUAUUAUGGUUAGGAAGAUUGUAAAAGCUUUGAAAAACACUAGCCGUGAAUUCAAAAUCAUGUCUUUCUUUCCAUCUAAGCUUUUCAACUGAAUUAUCAAGGGAACUUGCUGCUAUAGAUCUCGAUUGAACGAUCUCAGUGAAAUUAAAAGGGCCGAACCCUGCAACCUUUUGUUGUUUUCCGAUGCAUCAAAGACUACCAAGCCUUUUCAGUGAGAAGACAUUGAUUCCUCUUUCUGGCGGGAAUCCAUUCUUGCCCUUUUAACACCGUGGGCUGCACAGCCAUUCUGGACUCCACACAACAAUUUGUUUAAUUAGAUUAAUUAACUUCAAUAUCUUGUCAGGGUAAGUUUUUGCUAGACGAGUACUGAUUUUAUGGCACCAGAGCUGAUUAGACAUCAAAUUUCAUCUCUAGAUAUCCCGUUGAUUGUCUUUUUUUCUGGUUAACCUUUAUCCAUCCACUCCACUUGGUCUAUUAUUAUGUGCUCUGGUUAAACUGACUCCCAUUAAUGCACAAAACACAGUCAUUCUGUAUUCCGAAAACACUGGUUUGUACAUAAUAUCUGAAACCUAAUUCCAGGAAAUCUGGUUCCAUGUUUCAUCAUGCAUUUAAGUAUGUAAUCUGAGGUUGGACACGAGGCUUGUUCUUUCUACAUUCUAACCAAAGAUGUCAGGUGUUGGAGUUGCAAUGGCCACCCACUGCCAUUUGUCAGCGCUCCGAUGUUGAUUGAAGGAGGAGGCGGCAGACUUUGGCUGUUUGGACAGAGCCAGGUCUCACACAAUACAGGCUGCUGUUGAUGACUCGAGGGGAAGUUUUUGUGUGGACUGUUGGUGCGUGUUUACCUC